AUGAUUACACGUAGUCGUUUGAAGCUAACGUCGCCAACUAGACAUACAGAUACUGUUUGUCAACCAUCUCUUCAGACGAAUCCGGAAACUACAUCAACCAGAGUGGACGGAGGAAGACCUGGAGAUAAUGUAAAUAGAAAAAGAAAAAAGGUUACGGUUGACAUUCAUACAGUCACUCAACGUACUCAAUCGCUCGAAAAAAGUCCUUCUGGACAAUUAAAAGGGUCGAGUACAGGAAUCUCUGUUAAACAGAGUAGAGUAGGACAAUGGACAAGCCGUGAGGAAGAAGAGCUGAAGCAGUUGGCCACCCUACAUACCGAUCCGAAAGGAAAGCUUUCAUGGACAAAAGUCGUGGAAGCUUGGAGUACCAUGAAGUUGCCUAUACGAUCUAAGGCAAGCCUAAGUAGUAAAUGGUCUGAUAUAAGAGCCCGAACCAUUUCACUAGACGCGGCAAAUGAACAGGACAACACUGUCUUGGCUGUAACAGCCGACGUUGGUGUACAACAACAUCAGAACACAGGCAUUGAUAACAGUCAAGAGGUAAACAGAGCUGUAAGUCCUAAAAAGAAGGAAAAAUUAGGGGUAGUUCUUGCGGGGACUCCCAGUUCGGUAAAAGACAACCUUAAACUGGACAAAACCAAGGAAAAAUCUGAAAAAGACCCGAUCGAAGUACUAUUCGCUAAGUACUUGAAAAAAUCAAGAAAAAUAGGUUGUGAGGUAUACCGUAAACCGACCAGACGGAUCAUACCUAAUUUUGGCACACAAUCUAUCAUAGAUAAAGUCGAUCUCAUUAUGAGUGAUCAGAUUAUUUGGAAGAUGAAUGGCGAACCAACUUGGAACCAGUUAUCAAUUCUGAUUUACGCUGGAGCUAUAACUAUAGAAAAGUUAUGUAACCAGGCGUCAGAGGAGAAGCGAAUGCGCUCAAAAAUGUGGUUCAGUUCAACAUAUCAAGAAGUGGACAAGCUGCGAAAAAUAAUCGGGAAAGCUACACCAGAGCUCAAUCGAAGAAGACAAUGUUAG